AUGUCCCGAACACCCUCCCCCAAAUCCUCCAAACUGGGCCCCCUCCACACCCGCCGCGGCUGCAAAGUCUGCAAAAUACGCAAACUCAAAUGCGACGAGCAGAAGCCCUCGUGCAAGCGCUGUCUCGCCGCCAAAUUCACCUGCGAGUACCCGCUGCACCUCACUGCCUCGUACGCGUCCGCGCCAUCGAUCACCACCUCGUCCGUACUCGACCUUGACCUCGACGUCUCACUCUCAAGCCCACCGAGUAACGGCGGCGUCUGGAGCGAGCGCCGCGCCUUCGCGUACUACUUCCACCACGCGGCGCCGUAUCUUGCGGGCGGGCUGGACCAGGCGUUCUGGACGGUGACGGUGCCGCGGAUCUGUCGUCUUGAACCGGCUGUCUGGGAUGCCGUCAAUGCGAUCAGCGCGUUGUUUGAGUUUCCAGAUAUCUGUGGGGAUUUUGUAUUCCUGCGUUCGAGGGAUGAGCCGCGGAUGAACGAGAAGCAGAGCGAGGCGCUGGGGUGGUAUUCGCGCUCGCUGAGCAAGAUCCAGAGUGGGAUUGAGCGGAGGAGUGUGGAUGUUCAUGUUGCGCUGGUUAGCUGUGUCUUGUUUGUUUGUAUUGAGAUGGUGCAGGGGCGCGUUGAGGAGGCGCUGGGGCUCUAUGGGCAGGGGGUGCGUCUUAUUUUGGAUCUUCGGGCGCGGGGUGCGAGUGUGAGGGAUGUUGGGUUCUUGGAGGACACGAUCGUUCCGCUGUUUAUCCGGCUGGGGACGGCGGCGCUGAGUAUUUCGGGUGUUCCGAUCUGCGAUUUGUACAGUGGGUUUGAUGCGCAGCGAAGUUAUCUGUUCAGGUCGUUGGAGGAUGCGAGAGACACGCUUAUCCCGCUCGCUGCGGAGGUGCAGAUCUUCCAGCGAGACACGGGGCGAAAUCCGUUCAUCGGCGUGGAGCCUGUGAUAUCGCCAGAGGUGCUUGCCCGAUGUGUUCGUUUACAGGGUCGUCUGGACGCCUGGCGCUCGGCAUACGCGGCGCUCACGGAGACCCUCAGCCUGCACUCAAAGCCGGGAUCCGCAUCGUCCUCUGCUUCUCACUCCUCAACGUCUACGAUUACAAUCAGCGUCAGCAUCUCCGCAAUCCUCCAAACGUACCACGCAACCAUUACCACUAUCCUUGCGACGUGCCUCUCACCCACCGCCUGCAUCUACGACCGGCAUCUGGAAUCCUACCGCACGAUCAUCAACCAAGCCUCCCUCGCCCUCGAAUGCUCCCGAAAACCAGACGGGGCCCAGCCGAUUUUCACCUUCGAGCUCGGUGUCGGGCUGCCGCUAUUCUGGACGGCGCUGACCUGCCGGCAGCCGCAAAUCCGAAGGGAGGCGCUGCGGCUGCUGCACAUGGCGCCGCCGAUGCAGGGGUUCAGCAAGACGCAGAUUGGGAUCGCGCUUGCGGGAAGGAUCAUGCAGCUUGAGGAGAAGUUUGCGAAGGAGCUACUAAGCGGCGAGGUAUCGCCUUUGUAUGAAUCCGCGCUUCUAACCCCACCUUCCGAGGACAACGACGAGAGCGAGAUGGAUCUCCUAGAUACGCGGGUACCGGAAGAAGCGAGAAUACAGCACUACGCUGUCUUUCGCCCGUGUGACCAGCCGCACAUCCUUGGUCCGCAUGGGCCGGAGGUAGCGAAAUGGGGGCGGAGUCCCGAUCAGCUCUUUUUGCGGUUCACGAGGAAUAGAUGGGAUGCUGCUGCUGGAGGUUGGGUGUUGAGUGAUGAGUUGGCGCCGAUGGACUGA